AAGGGUCAUCAAGAGUGAAGUGACAUUCCACCUCAAAAAGAUGAGUGGAAGUGACAAUCACUUUCUAGUACAUUCUUGAUAGUAUCUUCAUUUGAGGUAGAGGUAGAGCAGAGGCAGAUGUUGAGGGCUUCAGAAAUAGUGGAGAAACUUAAUCUGAAACCACACCCAGAUGGUGGUUUUUACUUCGAGACUUUCAGAGACCACUCUGUCUCCAUCUCCAAAGCUAUCCUUCCUCCUCAAUAUAAGGUGGACAGGGCUGUUAGUACUGCCAUAUACUUCAUGCUGCCUUCUGGGUGCGUAGCGCGUCUCCACCGUAUUCCAUGUGCUGAAACCUUUCACCAUUAUAUGGGAGACCCAAUUACGGUAAUGGAAUUGAAUGAAAUGAACGGAGAGGUCAAGCUAACUCGUGUUGGGCCUAACCUCCUUGAGAAUGAAAAGCCGCAGCACACAGUUCCCCCAUACACGUGGUUCGGUUCAUUUCCAACCAAGGAUAUUACAGUUUAUGAGGACGGUUCGCAGAUUGAAGUAACACAGACAGCCAGAGAUGCCGAGAAACAUUACUCUCUUAUUGGAGUAACAUGUGCACCUGCUUUUCAAUAUGAAGACUCAGAGUCAGCAAAGCGUAGUGAUAUGCUUGCCAAAUUUUCCAAGUAUGAGCCCCUAAUCUCCCUGCUCACCAUUCCUGACUGAGCCCAAUAUAUACUGCAUUUACAUUGUUUGAUACUUUAUUAAGUAAUGUGUUCUAUGAAAUAAAGUAUUACAUAAUUACACCAUUGUUUUAUAAGUCGGAUUAUGUUUGUAAUGGAAACUUGGAAUCAUAGUAUCA